UCUGGCGCUGAUCUUUGAAACGGUAAAAAAACAAAAUAUUUUUAAAAUUGCUGAAAAAUAAGAUUAGUUUAUUUAAGUUUCUAGUGUCCAGACAACAAACGUAAUCUUAAAUCAAUAUAAUUUUGCUUUUUAAAAAAUCUUCCUUAUUUCUAAGAACGCGUGCGCACUUUACAAUAAUUAUCAGCCUGUUAUUGGUUCUUCUUCAGGAGGUCAGUCAAGUGUUAGCAACGAUAUUCACUCGAAAGCUGAGAGUAUUCUACUGGUUGCCUGGUAUGUGCUCAACAGAAUUCGGUUUUUUGACGUAUAAGAACUGGAGGUUUUAAUUUUGGAUUUAAAAACCUAACCUAGUAAAAAACGGAAAGUUGUUAACAAACAGUCGUUGAAAGACGAUGUUGUUUUUUUCGAAGUUUGAUAAAUUAUCGAGCAGCAAAAGAUUGAAUUGGAUUUUUCGAUGAGAAAACUGUUAGUUAUGUGUGACAAUGAAUAUUUAUCGAGGAAAAAGCGCAAAACAAUUUUACUUGGCUUCCCUGCUCUACGAUUCCAUUGACGACAAUAAUCUCAGGGCUGUAAAGUUUUUACUAUGCGAAAAAGAGGCAGACCCCAACAUUGUUUUACCUACAACAGGUAUUUCUCCCUUCCAUUUAGCAAUUGGGGGUGAAGAUGUAGACUUUGCUGUAAAUGUUACCAGACUGGUAUUACAAAAUGGAGGAAAUCCAAAUGUGUGUUCAGAUGAUGAUUUAACGCCCGUUCAUAUAGCCGCAGCAUGGGGAAGAACGGACAUUCUCGAGAUGCUGUUGAAGUUCGGAGGCGAUCCUGAAUCCAGGGAUUCCAAUUGGAUGACACCCAUCCAUUAUGCUACGAAGGAGUCUUAUCCGGAUUGUCUGGAUCUCCUCAAAUCGUAUUUACCUAGCAGGUAUGAUGUUCUUUAUAGUAUGGAGAAAGAAGACUGUGUUCAAUAUAAUUUAGAUAAAGUAUUUGUAAAUAACGGAUAUGCAACUGGAGAGUACGAAGUCUGCAGCAAAACCGACAGUAUUAAUGUAAAUAACCUAAUCGAAACUUUACCGAACCUGCCCCAACCAGACACGACUAAGUACGUCUUGAACUGGUUUGACACCCACAUCGACGAUAGAGGUGGAAAGACGUUUAUUAAAGACCGAUCUAUUUCAAACAACCUCUCAGACGAGGACAAGCCUCUACCCUACGAGAGUUCUCUUGACGAAUCUGAAAACGAGAAUAACAAAAAUAAAGAUAUUACGUUUAGGAAGGCGUACAAGAAGAAAAUAAAGAUAAAAUGUAGAAAGUCUAUGUCUAUAGAAGAUGUAGAAGUAGAUAAGAAUGCUGUGGUUUCAAGCGGGUUUGAUUCUGCCGAAUCUAACCAUAAAAGUGAAGCUAAAGAAGUCUCCAGUGAAAGUGGCAUCGUUUCGUUACCUCCUUCCAAAGAAACUGCUUCUAAACAAGCAGGAAAACAGAUAAAUCCAUACAAUUAUGAAGCUAUAAACUUAAAACCAAAUUAUCGUGAUCAAAAAAUGUUAGCAGCUAAUAGUGUCCACAAUAACUUAAAUAUAACUUCUAACCGUUUAGAAAAACCGUCUGCACUUAACCUAGACAGCAACAUGACAGAAAAUAACAGCGACUACUUGACCUGUUCGUCUGUCAACAGCCUACUAAACAAAAAUAUUUUCGAGAUUGAUUCCAACAUCACGAAUGAUUCCAGCGAUAAGUCAUGUAUCGAUAAUAAAGCAGUAGGUGGCGUAACAGACGAAUCGGGAUGUACAGAAAUUAGUUUCGUUACCGUUUCGGCAGUGUACAAGUACGAAGAUAAGCAACAAGGAAUUGUCCUGUACGAAAAGAGAGUGCACAAACAGCCCAGUGAGGCCAAUGGAAGCGUUAAAACCUUAUCAUCCAAGAUGUCAUCCUUGCCCGAAACUAUCAACUAUGAUGCUGAUACUCUGCGGAGAGAGCUUACCAUCCUAGGUUUUAAUCCCGGACCUAUUACUGCCACCACCAUGAGGGUGCAUUUAAAAAAAUUGCACCAGCUGAGGAAACGAGCGCCCCAUAUGCAUGAACAUAGGAGAAAAAUAGAAUCGAAAAGAGUGUAUUCUCCAGAACUAGAGGCUACUCUUAAAAAUCCCAGUUGGACUACCAAUCUAGCGGCUUACAAGUUAUUGGAGGAUGCGCUUGUAAAGGAAUUCAGCUCUCCAUCCACAACGAGAAAAUGGCGAGAGGGGAACAGUAAGUCGUCGUUUGCAUAUUUGUUGCUAGAUCCGAGAAAAACGGAUAACCUACCAUGUAGGGCGGAUACCAUGAACUUCAAAGAAGUGUGGGAAACGUUCCUUUCUUCGAUAUUCUAUGUUGGGAAAGGUAAGAAAAAUCGUCCAUUUUCCCACCUCUACGACGCAGUAACACACUAUAGACAGAACAACCCCGUCACUCCCAAUGAGAAACUCAAGACCAUCUUAGAUAUAUGGAACAACAGAUCGGGGGUGAUCUGUCUACAUAUUUUCCACAAUAUAAUCCCCGUUGAGGCCUAUACCAGAGAAGCCGCCAUGAUAGAGGCUCUAAGAGUGGAGAACGUUUCGAAUAUGAAGAUCGGGGACUUCUACGGCACAGCUUCGAUGUGGAAACGGAAGGAGAAGUGCAUGCUGGGGACUUAUUUGUUAUAUAAAGCGAUGAAUAUAUAUUUACAGGAGGGAGAAAGGCAGCUUUCACUAAAUGAUAUAGAAUGUGGGUGAAGUUUUGGAGCUUUAUAGGCUCUUUUUCGGGGGCGAUUAGUUUUUGAUUAGUCAAUCCCACACCAAUGUGUUUUAGAAGUACACUAGAAGCUUGAAUAAUUUUUAUUUCAGUAAAACACUUGGCGCGUUUUUAAAGUAUUCUGAAGUAAAAAAGAAACAAGUCUAUACUAAAUGUACAUUCAAGAUGCAGUAGAAAUAAACAAAACAAGACACGUUAAAUGCUACUAGGAGUACUCCCGAAUCAUAAUUUACAAUGUAUUAACUUUGGAAAUCAUGAUUUGGGUUUACAAUGUAUAUAGUGUUUUGAUUCUAUUUAUUUUCUUUAUGUAAUAUUUAAAAAGUAUACUUAUAUUUAUUUUCAAUUAUUAAUGUAACACAACUUUUAUUGGGCUAGCUAGCUUAAAUUAAUAAAUUAUCUCAGGGCUUUACGUCAUCCAAUCACAGAAAUGCACAACCAAUACUCAGAUGAAACUCAUGGCAAAAUAAAAGUCAAAAGUAAAAUAUAACCGUAUAUUAAAACAAAUUGUUUCUCCCAAAGAAUUAAACACACAUUUUAAUAAUAGAAUAAAUUGUAAAAUAAAUCAUCUGAAACGAUUAUGUAAAUAAUUGUAAAACAAUACGAAAAAUACCGCAAAUUAUUUUGAAAUAGAAAGUUACCCAGUAUAGAUACAAAAAUGAAUUAUAACUGGUAAACAAAAGUCAAUUUAAAAACUUUACGAAAUAGUUUAUGUAAAAGUUUAUGUCAAAUUACACUAGUCACUAGAGUCUUUAUGUAGACGUCGAUGAAGCCAAAGAACCGAAAUCGUCGCAACGGAGAAUAUUGAUAGAGAGAAAUAUAGAGAUCUGAAUACCCUGUUACAAUUGGUAACUCUUUAACUGAAUUUAAUUUUGACUUUAAAAACAUUUACUUAGUACUUUUUGUUUACGGGUGCCUAUAAGGCUUUGAUUAACGAAGACCGACACUUUUUACUUUUUUCACAACACAAACUGCUCCUUUCUGCUAUCGGGAAUACACUGCCUCCUCUUUCUUUUCCAAAAAACUGUCUUGCUCAACUUCCCCUUCCAUCAAUUACAUCCCUUCAGUUAUAUUGGUCCAAACAAAUAUCCCUACUACGUCAUAUAUGAACGCUUCCAAAUUUUCCAGUCGUCCGUACUUUUACCACUUUCUCGGAAAUCGAAAAUCUGGACUUUUUCCAAAUAUUUUUCAUAACUCCGAAAACAAAAACGUCUUUCGUAUACCCGCUUUCGCCUGCUAAUUGUUCUUAGAAGUACUUUCUAUCAAAUCUACCCGCACGGAUAAGAUUGUAAACAUUUGUCCAAAGAUCAUAGAAUUAUUUUACCAUUAUUAGAAGAGAAACUUAUUACUAACAAUAAAAUACUGGGUAAUUUCAAUCGGUACCUAUUUUACAUGGUGAAUGAAAAAAAUAAAUAUUUUAUAAAUGAACUAUUUUAACAUAAUACAAAUUGACACACUUUAUGCAUACAAAUUAUUAUACAAUUAGAUAAUUACAUUUUCUUUUUCUCUGCCUUUAUUUAUUUAUGACAAUUCAUUGUAAAUUAUUAUUCGGGAGUGCUCCUAGUAGCAUUUAACGUGUCGUGGUUUGUUUAUUUCUACUGCAUCUUGAUUGUAAAUUUAGUAUAGUUCUCUUAUCAAUAUUUUAUUUCCGUGGUUGACGAAAAGUAUCGUACAUUCAACAUUCAACUCUUUUUUGAAUCCCAUUCUUCUGGUGGGCUGUCACGUAACUAAAUACUGCAAUGUGGCAACACUGUCGCCGUUUUGAUCUUAUAAUUGUCAUCAUGAGCGCUGGCCUAUCCAGUAAAGAGAGUUCUUCUUCUUUACGUGUCAUCUCCACGACGAAGGUUGGCAAUCAUCAUUGCUAUUCUAACUUUUGACACUACAGCCCGAAAGAGUUCAAUUGAGCUGCAUCCAAACCAUUCUCUGAGACUUCUCAGCCACGACAUUUUUCUUCUACCUACCCUGCGCCUUCCUUGAAUCUUUCCCUGUAUUAUUAAUUUGUAUAUCUGUCACCACGUGUUAUAUGACCCAAGUAUUUCAGUUUUCUUAUUUUGAUUGAAUCCAGUAUCUCCCUGCUGUCCUGUAUUCUUCUUAGUACUUCUUCGUUGGUUAUUCUGUCUGUCCAGGAGAUUCUGUAAAGAGAGUUCCCAGAUAGCACAAGUACGUUUUAUGGACAUCCAAUGGACGUACAUCUGUGUACAUUGGAACGUCCAAUGGACGUCCCGCUAAGGUACAAUGGACAUCCGAUGGACGUCCAACGAACGUCCAGAGUUCACAAAAUUGGACGUCCAUAGAACGUCCGCUACAAACGUACAUUGUACGUUGUAUUGGAGCUUUCAGUGUACACCUUAUGUACAUUCAAUGUACGUCUUAUUGACAUUUGUAGGGCACUUUUCAGAAAGCAAUCUAGUAUCCAUAAUUUUGUGAAUACAUAGCAAAAAGCCUUUAUAGGAAAUAGUUCCUUAUAAUACUAAACGUAUACUUAAAAAUAUUACACAAAAGACCUUUUUUAUUUCUCUUUACUAUAACUUCAUUAUAAUAUAUACUUUAUUAUAGGAACUUCAUUAAUGCACGACUGCACUUGCACGAUAAACAGAAAACACAAAUAUAUCACAGGAUGUAUUUUCAUAAAGACGAGAUUCAGAUAAUGACGCCUUAGGAAGCAUGAAGCAUGCACAUUAAAAGAGGUUUAAUCUCUGUUCUGUUUCUGUUCCAAACUAUUUUUAGAGUCAGUACCGUUGUUGUAUAUUACAAGCAGGUUUGCCAUUCUGUGAAUUAUCAUAAAUAAACCCUCCUUCAGUAUUCCACAACAAUUAACAGCGAUAAUCCCCUAAAAGUACCUGCCUAAUACCACCUUUCACGACCGAUAGCGCGAAGAGCGACAACGUUGUCAAGAAGAUUCUCAUUUAGUUUGUAUUGGGACUUAAUAUAAUAGUCGCGUUUUGUGUAAAAUAUCCAUGGACCACAAAUGGAUGUCCAAUGUACGUUGAAAUCAAACGUCCAAUGGACGUCCCGUAAUGUACGUACAUAGUACGUCCAGUUUUGGUCCAUGGACGUUUGGACUUUAAAUGUACGUUAUAUGGACGUACAUCGGACGUUGUGUGCUAUAUGGGUUACUGAGUACCAAAUUUACCAUAUAUACCCAUGAUACUAUAAAUAACAAGAUAACGCAUUGCGCAUUUCGAAGAGAAGGGAGUAGUGACGUAACUGGAGACCCAAGUUCGUAAUGGUUCGUAAUGUCGGAAUGAUGUCCGAUUAGUUAGAAUUGCUCGCGGUUGUAUAGUCCAGGCUGUACGGUCGCCCCCGUUAGGUAAAUUAUUUCGAUUCGAUUUUUUUGCACAAACUUACUAAAAAAGAGUUCCUUAUAACAAAUCCACAGGGUUCCGGGAGGUGCCGCGGUCAGAAAAUUGUUAAAAAUUUUUUUAAUCAAAUUCAAAAAAUUAAUUUUUUCAAUUCGUUUAAUUUUUUUUAAAUAUUUUGGGUCAUAAGCAAAAAAGGUCUCCUGUGAUUUUUCUCUAAAAUUUAUUGUUGUCGAGUUAUACACGCGAUUUAAUAUUUGAAAAACGCGAAAAUCGCCAUCUCCAAGGCUUAAUAACUCAGUUAAAAAUUAUUACUAUGAAAGUAAGAAAGUGACCAAAUCAAGGUUUAAAGUCCACCCUACAAAAUCCUGAAGAAAUUUUUGUCAUUAUUUUAUUAGUAAGCUGUUAUUUUUAAUUAUUAACGAAGACGUAUUAACUGCAUAUAGGCGGCCGUCAAUAGUGAGUGCGAAAGAGAUGCACCAUUCCGGCCGUCUAAUUCACUUGCACUCACAUUGACGGCCUCCUUACGCUCAUAGUUAACAAUUAAAAAUAACAGCUCAGUAAUAAAAUCAUGACAAAAUUUAUCCAGAAUCCUAUAGGGGAGGCUUUCAACUUUGAUUCAGUCACUUUUUGACUUUCAUAAUCAUAAUUUUUAACAGAGUUGUUGAGCCUUGAAAAUGGCAAUUUUCGCGUUUUUCAAAUUUUAAAUCGAGUAUAACUCAACAACAGUCAAUUUUAGAGAAAAAUUACAAGUUACCUUUUUGGCUCAUAAUGACCCAAAGAAUCUAAAAAAAUUAUACGAAGUGAAACAAUUGAUGUGUGUAUACUGUGUAUUUGUUAUAAGGAACUCUUUUUAAGUGAGUUUGUGCAAAAAAAUGUAUAUCUUACCUAACGGGGGCGACGAUACAUCCUGGACUAUAAGGUAACAACAAGAAUUUAAAUUCCGGUCUCCAGUUACGUCAUGCGAUGCGCGAACUCGGACGUAUUUGCGCUACGGGAAGAUCCUAUCUUGGUAUUUAUAGUAUCAUGAUAUAUACCAAUACAAAAUCACCUAUUUAUGUAUCGUUCCAUCAAUCGUAAUGCUUUCCCUACAAAUUUGACUAAUCUCACUAUGACUAUCAGUUAUUUGCAAUGCUUUAGUGCCAAGAAAAAGUUUUACAAUAUUUAUUUCACGAUAGUUGACAUUCUUAGCUGCCGGAAGUAAUUGACAAAUGCGACCAGACAGCACGCAUGCGUCAAAUACAGACUAAGGCCGGUCGUUCAUUGGAAGCGUAGUCGCGCGACUCGUAAGUAGCGCGUAUACGCUGUGAGCUCGUAAGUAGCGCGUAUACGCUGUGAGCUCCUACGUAGAGGGGAUAUUUACAAAUUCGCGAGCGCCAGUAGUGGCAAGUCUGUAAACGUUUGCCGGAAAUUUGACAUACAUGUCAAAGUGAUUAAUUUAAAAUUAAAAUUAAAAACAUUAAUUAUAAAAAAUAUUAGUGGGACAAAGCUGUGGUAUAUAUUUUUACUUUUACCUUAAAUAUACUUACGUUUUAAAUACUGAAUUUAAGUUUUUUUAAUGUUCCGUAAUAUGUAAUUAUAAAUUAAUCUAUUAAUCUUAGCGCCAUCUACACGAUAAUUGUGAAAGUAUCUGAAGUAAGACAUUCAUAUUUUAUCAAUAGAACGUCAAAAUGAUUAGCAAAAUCUUAAAAAAAUCGAUUACAGUUUAAUUACUUUUUUGCGUUGUAAAUAUUAAGCGAUAACAAUUAAAUAAUAAAUUUAAAAAUUACCGGUGAAAGUUGAAUUAGUAACCGCUAGGAGCGACACCAGCGAAGCUCAGAGCAUAUACGUCCGUGUAUGUGCGAUCAUGCGACUGAGCGACUGGUAUCAUCCACUGCAGACGACUGUAUACUACUUAGUUCCCGACUGUCAAACUGAGUGUCAUCAUCAAAAGAAAGUGUAUUUUUGUGAAUAUGGUAAAAUAUACAUAGAAAGCAUAGUUUGAAAGGAAUAAUUUAUUACACAAAUAUUUAUGUUAUUUAUUAACAACUUUAAAAAGGUUUGUACCUUUGUACAAUGGCCUCCCUUUUAACGGGAAUCGACUCUUCCAUAUAUUGUUGGCGAUUCAAAUUUACACGUAAUAUUUACUAUACUUUAUCAGUAUUUAAUUACAUUUUUCACCAAAUUGAAAAAAUAAACAUUAAAUAAUUUGUUAAUAAAAAUAAUUUAAAGAUUUAUAUAACUUUAUAUUUAUUUGGUUUAGAUGUAAGACGUUUAUUAUUGUAAAAAUUUCAAAUAAAAGUUCUUUCUAAAGUUUAUUAAUCCUAAAACUAUAUGAAGUAUUCACUUCUGUCGGCACUUGCAAGUGCCACGCUCAAUUUUUUUUAUUUUUCGUUUACUUUGUAAUUAUAUAUUAUAAAAUAAUAAUAUUAAAUACUUUUAUCACUAGCACCUACUUCUUCUGCAACUGUCGACCACAAUUUCCUUUGAACAUCACGUGAAUGAUAUCUUGUGUCUUUCACGUUUUGUCCCACAACGGAGACUUUUCACAAACGGCACUAAUCAGUUUUUCGUUAUCAAUUUCCAUAUCGAAAAUAACACAAUUAUCGAAAAUUAAUACAAUAUCAAAAAUACCUGCACAGAUAUUUAUUGCAAACCAUUGUAGCAUCAACAUGCGAUUAUUGGUAAUUAAUAAUGUCGUGGACCUGACGUAAUCAUUUAGUGACGUCGAUCUACGAACGAAACAACGAUAUCAGGCAUUCCUAAAAACAUGCAGUUCUCUUCAGUGCGUUAUCGUAGCGAGACAGAGACGAACUAGUUUUUGCGUUAGUGGAAAAGCUUUAAUAUUUUUUUUUGUGAUUAGUAAUUGAUAACUUUGUAUUUAACUUACUUCGUCUUAAAACAUAAUACCAGCAGAAGUGGUUAUAAUUUAUUUAAACAAUAAUUGUUUUAAACAAAUUGUAUAAAUCAAUUUCAUCUGCCCGGACAAAUUUUUUUUCGGUUUUUUGGAUCAUUCUGAAUAAAAAAGGUUUAUUGUAAUUUUUGUCUAAAGUUGAUCGUUUUCAACUCAUAAACAAUUAUUUAAAACUGAAAAAAAAAAUGAAAAAUGAUGAUUUUUAAGGCUCAAAAACACACAAUUAUUUUUGAAUUCACCAAACCUUGUUCUAUCAGUUUCUGAUACUUUAAUUUGGGCUUAUUUGAUUUUAAAACUUUGUUUUUAGUUGUUUGAGGCCCUUAUCACAGCCUAAAAAAAUGGAUUUAUACAAAACUGUUUAAUAAAUUAGGACCACUUUUUGUAUGGGCGACCUCUUAAACAUUAUUCUGCGGUAUUUUAUGAAAGUGAUUAUGCAGAGGUUUUCAUCUCGUAUAAACAUAUUUUGCUGAAUUUAAAACCAAAAUCCUAUUAUUUUUCUAUCAUACAUUGAUUUGUUAUUUAUUUGUCCUCUAGAUUUUUUUCAGUUCUUAAAAGGUUUAUUUAGAAGCCAAAUUAGUGCAAUGUAAAUAUUUUACAUUUUUACACAGCAAUUUUUAUCGGCAGGGGAAGUCGUAAAUUUUUAUUACAUCUUUCAAUGUGAGAUAAAAUAAAAAUGCGAUGCCUUACUGGAAUAUUUAAGAUUAGAGAAGCAUAUAUGUCAUGUUUAUUGGAAAUACUCGACAUCAUUAGCACGUGCAAACCCUACCCUGUCGCCUAAUUUCCUAUGUAAUUAAGAUAGUGCAUGUUUUUAGGGUCCAUUUAUUUUUUCGGGCAUGCAUAUUAAUAAGGUUCACGAGGUUUUGAAACACUACUACCAGCGACUAAUCCCAUUCUAGGGGGACCGGUCGUCAGUCGUUUGUGGUCGGCCGAGCCCGGUCGCUCAAAGUCGUUUGCAGUGGACGUUGUUUAGUUACAUUUUAUUUGUUAGGAUUAGUCGCUUCUAUACGGGCGUAUACGCGCUACCUUCGAGUCGCGCGACUACGCUUCCAAUGGACGACCGGCCUUUCCUCGCGUAAAUGUUUAUUGCGCGCAUGCGUAAUAGAAAUAACUUUAUAUAAAAAAAGAAGUUUUACUGCUUAAUAACUCACUUUUUCAAUAAUUGUACGGUGUGUGAUCAAAAUUGUUGCCGAGCUAAAUGGUCAGAUGAGCUCUUGACUCCUGGACAUUUGAAGGAACCAAUUAUGGACAUUUGUGUCCCUAUUUUUGAAGGUUCUGACUUAUUUCAUACGUCGUAAUGGAAUGGUUGACAUUGUUAACCGACUAAAGUGAUGUAAUGACAGCUGCGAGCACACAGAACACAUGCAUCAAAUACAGACCUACUCGGGCAUACUUUUUUAUUGUGCGCAUGUGUAGUAGAAAUCUUUUUGUAACAAAAAUGGAAGUUUCUCUUUUAAAAUGACUCAUUUUAUCUGUACUGGAACUGUACGGAGUAUAAUAAAUAAAUAAAUGAAUUAAUAAUAAAUAAUUGUUACCAGCUAAAAAGUGAGAUGAGAUUGAGUUUCAUUCACUGUGUAAGCACAGUCAUUAUCAAGGAAAACAAACUUUUAAGUUUGAUCUAUUUAUGUAGCAUUCCAUCGCUUGUAAUGUUUUUUUUUUCAAAAGGGAAGCUUUCAUUGCUUCGUCCACUUUAUCUCUGAAAGAUCUUCGGGGUCCUUCCUUCUUCCUAUUCUAUUCUAUUAUAAGUAACAACUUCUAAUUUCUGUCUGGCCUACCGUUUUUUGGAUGCUAUAUUUAUAAUGUAAUUUUGUUAGCACCCAAUUUUAAAAUUAUAAUAAUGAUUCUAAAUAUGUAUUGAUAAUUUAGUUCGAACUUGAGAGGAAAAAAAUGUUCCGAUAUUAUAUACGAAUGCAUAAUCAAUGAGUAAACGCCCCCUAUUUUGGUUACUAAAAAAAUGUAUGAGCAACUACGGCUUAUUUUACGAGUAGAUUUUUACGAUUUGAAAUGAAAUUGUUGAAAAAUUAUAUAAAAUAUUGUUCUAGAGCAAAUUUUUUAAGUUUCCUCACACUUACUGUCUGUGAUUGUCCUUUGCCUUAGUCGUAGGAAAAAUAUAAUUUUUGGUUUUGACAAAAUUACUAAUACAUUUGACUGAGGAAUACCUUAACCGCCUUAACGUAAUGUGUAAAAACUAUUAUUUUUGUUUUAAUUUCUUUGUCUUUAAGUCUUAUCUUAUUUUAUGCGUACUUUAUUUAAAUAUAUUUAAACUCAAAAUUAGGCAACCAAAAAUUGUUUUAUAUACAAUGUACCAAUUUCUUUAAAUCAAGUGCAAUGAUUGUGAAUGAUUGAAGUGUUUAUUAUAUUAUUAUUAAUUAUGUAUAUGUAAUGUAAAGAAAUAUAUUAUUUUUAGAUAAA